GAAGAGAGGUACGGAACAGCGGAGAACAUUCAUAACUCGGGGGGAACUGCUCGGCACGAGGGAGCACCGUCGUCGCGGGGCGUCCGUGGACUGCUUCUCAGCCGGUCCGCCUCCCAGAAUGUUCUGUGCCCCCGGUUCUUUUCUACGGUACACGAAACAGUCUCCGCGGCGUCCCCACGGACACUGAAGCCCAGAUGCUCACCCUCUCCGCCGACAUGGACGACUCUUCGUCACUACUGGAUCUGCUGGAGUGUUCGGUGUGCCUGGAGCGCCUGGACACCACGGCCAAGGUGCUGCCGUGCCAGCACACCUUCUGCCGCCGCUGCCUGGAGAACAUUGUCAGCUCCCGGAACGAGCUCCGCUGCCCGGAGUGCCGCAUCUUGGUGGACUGCGGGGUGGACGACCUGCCCGCUAACAUCCUCCUGGUUCGCCUCCUGGAUGGUAUCAAGCAGCGGCCCCAGCGAGGAAGCGGAGGAGGAGGAGGAGGAGGCGCGGGAGGCAGGCAGUCCCUUGCCGGGGGCUCGCUGCAGGGGUACGCAGCCGGGAUAUCCGCCUCUCCUCCGGGCACUGCGAUCAGGGAGCUUCCCGUGGCCACCAGGAGCUCUCCUGUUAAGAAUAUCCCAGCACUCCCUUGCGGUAAAGCCCUCUACUCCUAUGAGGGUAAGGAACCAGGUGACCUCCAGUUUUCCAAAGGUGACAUCAUCAUCCUGCGACGCAAGGUGGAUGACAACUGGUACCACGGGGAGCUCAACGGUUGUCAUGGUUUCUUGCCUGCUAGUUACAUCCAGCUGCUGCGUCCCCUGAGCCAAACACCACCCCAGGGCAAAGCAUUGUAUGACUUUGAGGUCAAAGACAAAGACCAGGAUAAAGACUGUCUGGCCUUCAGCAAGGAUGAGGUGCUGACAGUAAUCAGGCGAGUAGAUGAGAACUGGGCAGAAGGCAUGCUGGGAGACAAGAUUGGCAUCUUCCCAAUUCUUUACGUGGAGCUAAAUGAAACAGCAAAGCAGUUAAUGGAGAUUGACAAGCCUAUAUCAGCUAAUGCACCAGGUCCGAGCUCUGAGCCAGCACCAUUGGGCCCUUGCCCUCCUGGGCCCUCCCCCAGCGCGUCCCCAUCUAAUGGAAAUGGCUCUGGCCAUCGGAGAGGCGAAGGAAAGAAGAACGCCAAGAAGCGCCAUUCGUUCUCUGCUCUGUCCGUCAGCCAGAGGGCUGCCCAGCUCAACAACAGACACAGCAUGGAGAUCUCCCACCCAGUCCUCAUCAGCUCCUCUGACCCCAGAGCUGCUGCACGCAUCCAGGAUGCAUCUCCCCCAGGUCCCUCUCCCUCCUCGGCAGGGGUGCUGGUGCCCCCCAAAGUGGCAUCCAUAACCUCUGAGCUGCUGGCCCAUGCCAAGGUUCAGCUCCCACUCAACAUAUAUCUGGCAUUAUAUGCCUACAAACCCCAGAAGGCUGAUGAGCUAGAACUUAGGAAAGGGGAAAUGUAUCGGGUGACAGAGAAGUGUCAAGACGGAUGGUUCAAAGGCACGUCACUGAGAACUGCUGCCUCUGGUGUCUUCCCAGGAAACUAUGUCACCCCUGUGUCCAGGGCUCCAUUUGGAGUCAGUGCUACUCGGAGCUCAUGUUUGUCGAGCCCAGGAGGAGGAGGAAGUGGGUGCAGUCAGGUGGCAAGUAAAGUCUCCGACCCUUCGUCUCCAGGAUCCCCAGGGCCCUCUUCGUCCCGUCCCUCCACCCCGCUGGUAAACUCAGUCAACUCUGUUAACAGUGUCAGUCCCGCCUCCUCGCCACAAACUGCCGCCGCCCAGCUGAAGAACUGCCUGCGCUCCAGCCAGCAUACGGUCAACCAGGCACGCACCUCAAUGCAGCUGAUCCACAGUCCCUCUGCUGGAAGCCCAGAACGCCCCACGGUGGCCAUAUCUCCCCUGCGUUCUCAGAGCUCCUCCCCCUCGCGCUGCCCUGGCCAAUCAGGUCGUCCUCUCUCCAUGGUGUCUCCAGGACCCAGCUUAGGGCCCUCACCCCUCUCUUCCCCAGCUUCGCGUCCCAUCCUCCCCCUCUCCUCCCCUCUCUCCUGUCUCACGCCUCCAAACGUGUCAGCGGUGCUCCUGAACGGCGAGUCAGCCAAUCCACUGCAGCCACCGUCGCCAGGCCCCUCCCACACCCCCGCCCAAGGCGCCCUCGCACCCAAAGCAGAGAAGAAGGAGAGGAAAGCUGGAGGUUUAUUAAAACUCUUAUCGGGUGCGGCAGCAAAGAAGAAACCUCGCUCACCCCCAUCCUCCCCACCCACACACGACUCCACUGGUCAAGGCGCCAUGGCCACCGACCCCGUCCACCACCAUCACCACCACGCCCGCUCAGGUUCCUGUCCAAUGGCGUCACAGGGACGAGCCGGUUCCUGUCCAAUCGAGAGCGACAUGGCAGGAGCAAUUGGGCUGGAGCCUCUGCACAGAAAGUCUGGUUCCCUGGAUACCAACUUCCCUAUGUCACCCCCGGCAACACGUGCUGGCAAUGCUCUGAUGGUCCUUCGGCCUGAACCCAAACCCCUGUCCAGAGAGAGGUAUCGUGUGGUAGUUCCCUACCCACCCCAGAGCGAGGCAGAGAUCGAGCUGCGGGAGGGGGACGUGGUAUUCGUCCAUAAGAAGAGGGAGGACGGCUGGUACAAAGGCACUCUGCAGAGGACGGGUCAGACCGGCCUGUUUCCAGGCAGCUUUGUCGAGAGCUUCUGAGGUGCAAAAAGCGGACGAACGAAUUCAGACACUGUUCCUGUUACUGAGUCAUAAAACACAUAAAUGCACAUACAGACUCCAAGGUUGGGCUGAUAUUGGUUUCCCAGAUUUAUCUUUGUUUUAUUGGAUUAAAGAUCAACACUGGCCCGAAAGAAAAACCUGCCUUACGAGGCUGCUAACCUUGAAAACAAAGGAGAGUUUUAAUUAUUUAUUUAUUUUGGCUGAAGUAAUCUGUUAGGCAGCACUGGAGUUUGGAAUUAAAAUGCUUUUAAUUCUAUUAGAACAUAAAAUUAUUGGUAUUGGUUUUAAGAAAUCCAUAUCAGUCCAACAUAUCCACACAGACACACUGAUACUGUACAGGAAAGCUAGUCCCUGCUUCGACCAGCUCAGCCACACAGGAAGCAGGGCAGCUCUUCCCAUUAUCCGCCCGGUGUCGGCUCAGAGGGGCUCCAUCAGACUCGUUUUUCCAGACCCGUGAUGUUGACUACUGAAGGCACACAGACUGAAAGAGCACAGAAAGACGAACUCUGCCUCCCAGUUCUCCUCCUUGGCAUCAUCCACCAGCAAACACUAGCUCAAAAAAAAAGCAUUAGCUCUGCUUUUCCUCUGAGACCUCAGAACUUGAAUUUGGGUGCUUUCUUUGUUUGAGAAGUGAAAACAUACAGACAGGUGAUGAGGAAGUCCGUAAGCCUACACUCCAGGAUCAUUGUAAGCACAUCUCUGCAUCUAAUCUAUGACGAGUAUGUUUCUUUUUCACCCGAUAUAUUAUUUGUUAACAAUGCAUGUAGCAUUAUUACUUUUUCUUUUUUUAAUGUUUAGAUAUUUGUGUUGCCAAGCUGUGAUUAAAUGUC